AUGGCACCACCAAAAAAAGUCGCUGGAAAAAAGCAAGCUGAGACGAUCAAUCAACGUCUUCAACUUGUGAUGAAAUCUGGUAAAUACGUACUCGGUUAUCGUCAAACAUUGAAAGCUUUACGCAACGGUCAAGCUAAAUUGAUCCUUGUUUCAGGCAAUACACCACAAAUCAGAAAGAGUGAAAUCGAAUACUAUGCUAUGUUAGCCAAGACUGGUGUACAUCACUAUGGUGGAAAUAACAUUGAAUUAGAUAUUAUCAGAACUGUACCGGGCGAACAAUCAACAGCUAUUGCUACAGCAUAA